AUGAUAAACGAUUAAAUGAUUAAGAGAUUGGAAAAAGAAUUCGAGUAAGUAUAAAACGCCAUAGAUGAAGGUGUCAUUGAUAACAUUACAGUUGCCAUCUAAUAUGAAAACAACUCAGCAAACUACACCAAAUGGGAUGUGGUAAUCUACGGAAGAGAAAAUACCAUAUGGUAAGGAGGUGAAUUCGCAGGUACUUUAGAAUUCCCUUAAAACUAUCCUACUGUAUCACCAACCUACACUUGGAAGUUAUACUCCAAAAACAGAUUUCUACAUAUGAACAUUUAUUCAUCAGGCAAAACUUGCAUUGACAUUCUCAAUGAUAAAAUAGGAUAUUCGCCAGCCAAAACCUGUGUAGAAAUACUGAAAGCCUUGGAAGAUUUCCUUUAUCGUCCUAAUCCAAAGUCCCCCACAAAUGCUGAAUUAGCUAAAAUUUUUGAACAAGACUUACCUAAAUACGAAUUAAUGAUUAAGGAAUUUGUUUAGAAAUAUAUGGAAGAAAAAAAAAUAGCAGAAUAAAAAAAAAAAUGA